AUGAAAUUGCUAAUCUUUGAUGUGACUCUUUUGUAAGUUACAUCAAAGAUUCUUUUCAUUCUCGUUUUACUUAACAUUAUUGGAUGCUUACUUAGCUUUUUUUUUGAUUAUGCGCGACAUUGAUUCGAGAAGAUCAAGGAGAAUAUAAUUUUGAAUUGAUUGAUUUCAGUUUUUCAUUUAUUACACUACGGUCUACGGGUACCGGUGGUGUUAGAGACAGCGACAGUCGGUCUGAAAUCAUGGUAAGUUUAGUGCUCGCUGGUCCAAAACUACGUAGUAUUUGCUCUAUGAUAAUUUUGAUUACAUCUUCUUUUACUCAAUAGCCCUAUCAACUUUUCUAUGCACUUUUUGACCACAUACAGUGAAUUUAAAAAAUUAAUUUUUGGUGUUUAGAGUUCUGGUCACGUCACUCACACCUCAGGAGCUGCAUCCUCCAGCAAUCUGUCGGCGAUUCGGGCGCUGCAAAUGGAGCUCAAAAGUCUGCAGAACUCGCCGGUCGAGGGGUUCACGGUACAGGCUGACGAACAGAACCUCUUCAAAUGGACUGUUGCUAUCUUUGGGCCACCAGGAACGUUAUACCAAGGUGGAUACUUCAAGGCCGCCAUCAAGUUCCCCAACAACUACCCCUACUCCCCACCAUCUGUCCGGUUUUUGUCCAAGGUCUGGCAUCCCAAUGUUUAUGAGGUAGGGAGACCUUUUCAAUUUUUUUGGUUAAUCAGUUGGAGAUAAUUUUUCUGUCUAAUUUUUAGAUUUAUGAUCAGAUUUAACAUAAUAGUAGAUUAAAAUCCCUUUUGCUUGUAAAACAUGUAGUUAUAGGUCACAUUUUUGACGGUAAAGCCCAAAAAUUUGAUAAUAUAUUUAAUAUUUUGCGAUUUUCAGAACGGAGAACUGUGCAUAAGUAUUCUCCAUCCCCCAGUCGAUGAUCCGCAAAGCGGGGAACAAGCUUGUGAACGGUGGAACCCCACCCAGAGUGUCCGCACUGUCCUUUUGUCUGUGAUUUCUCUCUUAAACGAACCCAACACAUCGUCUCCUGCCAAUGUCGACGCCUCAGUCAUGUACAGAAAGUAUAAGGAAAGCCAUGGGAAAGAGGACGAGUACGCCAAGAUCAUUAAGUAAGUUAUUGGUCCGACUAUUCAUAGUUUAGGCAUUGAAAAUGAAAACAUACAAAAAGUAGUGGACUUUGGGUAUUACAUUUUUUUAAUUAUGGCAGUGAGAAAGCAUUUUGGUGUUGUACAUAGCCGAAUAUAUUUUUUACAAGCAACUUUUGCAAUACAAUAUUAUCAUAACGACCACUUUAGGAAACAAGUGGAGCAAAGCAAAGAAGAAGCCGCGAAGGACGGCGUGAAAGUGCCCGAAACCGUGGAAGAGUACUGUGUCAAAGCCCAGGACCACAAGAACGACGACAUUGACAUGCUGGACUUUGACGACGACUACUACGACUACGGCGCGGAUUCGGAUGAUGAGGAAUACGAAGCCAACGAUGAAGACAGCGGCCAAGGAGAGAGCUAA